CAAAGGGCGAUGCAGCGAACAGCAACGCUCUUGGGUCUCGUGGCGGUGGCCGCCGCCGAGUUCUUUACGGGCGAAGGCACGACGUACGGGCCGCCCGACGGUGGCGACAGCGCGUUCACCGGCAACUGCGCGCUCAUGGCACCGCUGGACAUUGCGCCCAAGUUCCACGCGGCCAUGAACAACUUCCAGUGGAACACGGGCGGGCACUGCGGUCGGUGCGUCGAAGUGCAGUGCAUGGACCCGAAAUGCACGCGCAACGACGUGGUCCUCGGCCAGAUCACGGAUCGAUGCCCCGAGUGCGCGCACGGCGACCUCGACAUGUCCCUCCCGAUGUUCAACAAGGUCACGGGUUUGUACACGGACCGGCCCAAGAUCAAGUGGCAGUUUGUCGACUGCCCCGUCGCCGGCGGCCUCAAAGUGUGCGCCAAGGCCGGGUCGUCCGAGUUCUGGCUCUACGUGCAGCCCAACAACGCAGUGAACGGCGUGCUGAAAAUGACGAUCAACGGCAAGGAGGCGCCGCCGUUCGAUGCGUCGUGGUACUUUAAAUCCCAAGCGAACGGCGACCUGAGCACGACAGCGAUCACGAUGACGUCGUUCUCGGGCGAAACCAUUUCGACGACCGUCUCCCUCGAAGCCGACAAUGGGACCUACAACGGCACCGACGUCAUCACCUACGAUUGGACCUUCGACGGCACCGGUCACGACACCGACGACUGA